AGAGGGAGAGGUGCUGAGCUCGGUCCCAGGCGGGCAGGUAGAGCAUCAAUCUCACUGCAGGAAUGUGCUGCUUUUCGCAGUGGAAGAAGCACCUGUGUGUGCAGAAUGUCAGCAUUUAAUCUUUGUGUUGCUGUAUAGAGCUCAAAAGAAUAAGCAAGGUACAAGUCAGCUUCUGUUUAGAGGUGUUUGGGGUCUGUGGCUCAGUUCAGUACCCUGAAAUGAAAGCAUACCCUCAGACUUAAAACAAACAAACAAAACUCUGGUCAUUGGAUGUCCAUGUGUAGAAAUGCAUGUGCUUAGGUGCUAGAAAGGUAGAAGGCUCCCUCAAACCCUAAUGUGUUUGGGAUUUUAACAUUACAGGGAAGGAGUCGAUAGAAAUAGAAGCUGUAACACCAGUCAAGCCAAAUAAUUUCUUGCCUGCCAAGUGGUGAGCUAUUGGAUCUUUGCAUUGGACCAGUGCUCCUCUUUAAUUGAAACAAGAUGGUUUGUCAUGCUGCUAGCAGCGUGGGGCUCAGAUAACCUGUAACAGAUCUCAGGGAGACUCAACCACAGGAGAGCUGUGAGUGCAGCCCUUGUAGAUGAGCUGAGGAGUGUGUUUAAGUGGGACACCUCCCAGGAGAUGGAGGCAGCACGAUGACUGCAAGGAGCAACAGCUGCUUCUGGAUGGGGCAGAGCAUGGAGAGCUCUGAUGGCACAGUGUGCUGAAGGGCCAGUGAGGAACAGGAGUGAAUUUCCAAGCAGGUUGCCAGAUAAGGAUUAGAAGUGGGACUAAGUCGUAUUCUGCAUGCAGUCAGAUAUCUUAUUUCUCUGCACAUUUUUGGGCUGCUCAACAUGACUUGGUAUUGCUGAUUUGUUUUAAUUGGAGCGGCGGGCUGCUCUCUGAGUUGCAAAAACAAAAGCGAGAUCAGUAAACGCUAGAACAUCACUGUAAAGCAGGCUGAGAGGCAAUCAGCUGAGAACUUCUAAUGGAUCUGUUUUGUAAAGCACGUUUCUAUCAAAGGUGGUAUAUUCUAUGGUGAUGUAGAUGCUGAAGGAUUUGCAGUAGGGUGUCUUCAACAUGAGCUGGACUUCUGGGGAAGAGCUUUGAGAAUUUCAGAGGGCCAGAAGUCUUGAUAAAGUGGGCUGCCUUGCAGUUCAGAAGGUUGACUCCUCACUGCACUGUGAAAGCCAUUAGGAAAAAGUCCUUGGGGUUAAAACCUGGGGCUCCACAGUGUUACGUGCACUUGGGGCUAGAAAUAAUUUUAAAUGGCGACUGAUCUGUCUGAAGCUGAACCCGUGCAUCAUAAGGCGCUUCCACUCUUAACGGGAACUCAGCUGAUCCACACGGACAAGUUAAGUGAGAAAGCUGAAGACGACGCGAUGCCGAUCCGCCGCUCCGUUAAUUCUUCUUCUCGAGAAACUCCUCCCAAAAGCAAACCUGCUGAAGGUGGCGAGGAGGUGAAAGCAGAUGCAGAAGCCACUUCUGAGGAAUCUGCCUCUGCUGGAGAAGAACAAGAGAACGAAACCCUGCCUGCUGCUGCACCUAGUGAAGCAGAACAGCCAAAGGAAACUGAGAAUGAAGAGAAGGGGGAAACCAAGUCCUCAGAAGAAACCAAAAAGGAUGAUAAAGAUCAGUCUAAGGAAAAGGAGAAGAAGGUGAAAAAGACCAUUCCUGCUUGGGCUACUCUUUCUGCUAGCCAGCUGGCUAGGGCACAAAAACAAACUCAGAUGGCUGCCACUUCACGUCCGAAGAUGGAUGCUAUUUUAACUGAGGCCAUCAAGGCGUGCUUUCAGAAGAGCGGCGCAUCAGUUGUUGCAAUACGUAAAUACAUCAUCCACAAAUACCCUUCCCUGGAGCUGGAGAGAAGAGGCUAUCUUCUAAAGCAAGCCUUGAAAAGGGAGCUGGAGAGGGGGAUCAUCAGGCAGGUGAAAGGGAAGGGAGCUUCUGGAAGCUUCGUGGUGGUGUCUAAUGCAGGAAAAACUGUUCAAAAAGCCAGAGACAGAAAGAAAAGCACUUCCGUUUCGACUCCAGAGCAACAGGUGAAGCUGGAAGACAUCCUGCCACUGGCUUUCACCCGUCUUUGUGAGCCAAAAGAAGCCUCUUACAGCCUGAUCAAGAAAUAUGUGUCUCAGUAUUAUCCCAAACUCAAAGUAGAUAUCAGACCCCAGCUGUUGAAGAAUGCCCUGCAGAGAGCUGUAGAAAAGGGUCAGCUAGAGCAGAUCACAGGGAAAGGAGCAUCUGGGACAUUCCAGCUGAAGAAGUCAGGGGAGAAGCCCCUGUUGGGUGGGACUCUGAUGGAAGAUGCCAUCCUGUCUGCUAUUGCGGCCAUGAAUGAACCGAAGACCUGCUCCACCACAGCACUGAAGAAGUAUAUCCUGGAAAACCACCCAGGGACCAACUCCAACUUCCAAGUGCAUCUACUGAAGAGAACCCUGCAGAGAUGUGAGAAGAAUGGCUGGUUGGAGCAGAUCUCUGGAAAGGGCUUCAGUGGAACCUUUCAGCUUUGCUUCCCUUAUUACCCUAGCCCAGAUGUGCUCUACCCAGAGAAACAGCAGAAUGAGGACUCUGAAGAAUCUGAUGAGGAGGAAGAGGAAGAAUCCGAGGAGGAAGAAGAAUCUGAAGAUGAGGAGUCUGAGGAGGAAGAGCCACCACCAAAGAAGAGGAUGCAGAAGAGACCUCCUCCAAAAUCACGGAGCAGGGCCCCUCCAAUGAAGCGAAGAGAAUCCAAGCCCAAGCCUAGAAAGACCUCUGCAGCCCGCCGGGGCAAAGCAAAGCCCCCACCCAAGGUGAAAACCCCUGCAAAGAAAGCCAAACCAGCAGCGCCAGUCAUCAAGAAACCCUCUGGUGGCAGCUCUUCCAAGAAACCAGCAGCUAGCGGGAGGAAGGAGGUGAAACCUUCUGCCAAGGGCAAAUCUGCCAUGAGGAAAUCUCUCCGAGCAAAAAAGUAAAUAUUUCCACUGUCAGGGGAUCCCAUGAUCAAAUCCACAAUCUUGUUUUAUAAAGUCAUCGUGCAUUUGUAUUUUAGUUCUGAUGCUUAAACACUUUUUUUUUCUUCUUGAAUGAUGGGGGAAAAAGCUGAAAACUAAAUCAAACAACCUAAGCAUUUAUUAGAUCUCAGUGCUGUGCCUUGUGCCUACCCCUCCCCUGGAACAAGUCAUCUUUAGUUUCUACAAUAAUCUUAAGACUUUUCUAGGACCUCUAAUCUGUACAUUUUAUGGUGUUUUUCUUGGGUUUGAGGGGAGGGCAGUGUUUAAAAAUUCUUCACAGAAGUUAUUUGUAUUUUCAGGCAGCAGGAACAUGAUGAUUGGGGGAAGUAUGAUUCUUGAUUGAGAAGGUACGACGGCACUAGAGUCCUCCUUAGAUCCCCUGCAUGAUGAGGUCAUUCCUGCUUCUGUGAAGGAGCAGUGUAUGUAUACAGCACUUGCACUGAGUCCUGGAGGUGCUCCUUUGUGCUCAGCUGUGAUGCUGGCGGGUUGAGGAGGUGUGUGUGGCUUUUUCAGACUGGCACAGUAUGUGUGAGAGUGGGUCCAGGUCUUCAGUCAACAGAGGCUGCCGCGUGUACCGAGCAUCUGACACCAGAGGGGCUCUAAAAGGGGUAGUUCUUGGGCGGGUGAUUUGAAUUAGUGUUUCCAUGCUACUUCUGUUACCUUCAAGCCAAAAUAUAUAAAAGUCUUCUUGAAUCCAACUUUCAAAUGUUUUUAAGAGAUGAAGAACCUAAGUUUUGUCACUUCUUGUUUACCCUUUUUUUAAAAGAAAAGUUGGAAAGCUAUACAGUUGCUAAUGUAGAGAUGUUGAUAAGUGAAAAACAUGCAGUUUGCUAAAAUAAAAUGAAACUAAAUUCCG